ACAUGUAUACGCCUUUAUCUUUCACAAAGUUGUAAAUGAUCUCAGGACAAAUUGUUUUUAUUUUUUCUGUUUUUCUUCAGUUAUACAAUAAAACGAAACAGCUAGGCUCUUACUUACAGUCUUACCAAUCACUUAGAAUUCUGAAAGCUCCCAUUGCUGCUGCUUGUGUCCACUGUCUGCUCUGCGCUGUGGGCCUCGCUCUACUCCUUGACGAGCAUCUUCGGGAUCCUGGGUGUCGGUGGUGCAGGUAACUGUAUGUCAUUUCAGGGGUCAGUGACUUUCAGAGAUGUGGCCAUUGACUUCUCCCAGGAGGAGUGGGAAUGGCUCCAGCCUGCUCAGAGGGAUCUGUACAGACAUGUGAUGUUGGAGAACUACGGCCACCUGGUCUCACUGGGUCUUAACAUUUCUAAGCCAUAUGUGGUUUCCUUACUGGAGCAAGGGAGAGACCCCUGGCUGGAGAAAGGAGAUGUGAGAAGAGAUCUGUUUUCAGAGUCAAAGGGUGAGAUCAAAGAGUUUUCUCCAAAUGUCAUAUAUGAAGAUGGCCCGUCCCAGUAUUUGGUAGUGGAAAGAAUCCUAAACCAAGACCCUGAAUACUCCAGUUUUAAAGGAGGCUGGAAAUGUGAGGAGGACACUCAGAUGCAAGGAAAUCAGGGAUGUAUCCGGCAAGUGUCAGCCUCUCAUCAAGGAGCACUGUCGCAGCGCAUGAGUAUCAGUACCGGGGAGAGGCCCUAUGGAUGUCAUGAAUGUGGAAAAACCUUCAGUCGGCGCUUUUCCCUUGUGUUACACCAGAGAACUCAUACUGGAGAGAAACCGUACAUAUGUUCGGAAUGUGGCAAAACCUUUAGCCAGAUCUCCAACCUUGUGAAACAUCAGAUGAUACAUACUGGAAAGAAACCCCACGAGUGUAAGGACUGUAACAAAACAUUCAGUUACCUCUCAUUCCUUAUUGAACACCGGAGAACACAUACUGGGGAGAAACCUUACAAAUGUACGGAAUGUGGAAAGGCCUUUAGCCGUGCCUCAAACCUCACACGACAUCAGAGAAUUCAUAUAGGAAAGAAACAGUAUAUUUGUAGGAAAUGUGGGAAAGCCUUUAGCAGUGGCUCAGAACUUAUUCGCCACCAGGUCACACAUACCGGAGAGAAGCCUUACGAAUGCAUUGAAUGUGGGAAGGCGUUUCGCCGUUCCUCACACCUUACGCGGCAUCAGAGCACCCAUGCUACCAAAACCCCCUAUGAGUGUAAUGAGUGUAGGAAAGCCUUCCGCUGCCACUCAUUCCUUAUUAAACACCAGAGAAUUCAUGCUGGAGAGAAGCUCUAUGAGUGCGACGAAUGUGGUAAGGUUUUCACGUGGCAUGCAUCCCUCAUGCAACAUAUGAAAAUUCAUACUGGAGAAAAGCCGUAUGCAUGUACUGAGUGUGAUAAAACCUUCAGUCGGAGCUUCUCCCUCAUUCUGCAUCAGAUAACUCACACUGGGGAGAAACCCUAUGUAUGUAAGGUAUGCAAUAAGUCCUUCAGCUGGAGCUCAAACUUGGCCAAACAUCAGAGAACACAUAGCCUAGAGAACCCCUAUGAGUAUGAGAAUUCGUUCAGUUACCACUCCUUCCUUACUGCGCACAAUGGGGUUCGCACUACAGAGAAAACCUAACAAUGUACGGAUUCAAAACAAAAGCAGAAAUAGUUAAUGCCUUACUUUGACUUCAGAGGAUUCCUGGAAAGAAGCCUUAAGUGAAUAUGUUGAAUGUGAAGAAGGUGGGUUAUACUUGUUUCAACAUCCUGGAACGUAGGAGCCCAGGAAUGUGUUGGAAAGCCAUGAGCACGUUCUUUUUGUAACAUCAGAAGAGGAAAUCAGUACUGAGAAGACCUAUAUGGUACGAUUCCCUCACUUGACAUUUGUAAAUUCCUACCAGGGAAGGACACAUGGCCAAUAAAUGUGAGGAAGCUUUUAUUGAGAAAUUGGCCCCAACUCUGCAUCUGUCAGCCCAAACAGGACAGAGUGUGUGGGCAAGAGUCGUUUUCCUUUUUCCUGGACAUCAGAAAAUUCAUAAUGAAGCAAAGUCAUGCAAAUGUAGCGAUUUGGCGAUGUUUUUGUGGACCAUGCAAUAUUUAUUAAGUCUGAAAAUACUCUCAAGAGAAAAAGCAACCCUAUAAAUGAACUGAAUAGAGGGUGACUUUCUGCUUUAUUUCAGAACUGCAGAAUUAUACCAGGGAGUAAACUGUCAUAAGGAGUUUGGCAAGAUCUUGAGUUCUGAGAAGUCCUGCUAGAGGGAGUUGGG